GGCGGAUAUGGCGAUCUCUUUCCGGCGCACAAACCAACAUUAAAACAUAGAGCCAUCCAUCUCCGGUGCGUCAGUCUUCGGUUAGUGCGGGGAAGUUGAGAAAUCCACAUAUCAAAGAUAUAAUUUUUUGAAGCACUACCAUACCCAUCGUCAUCGUGUCGUACCUUUUUUUUCACCCAUUCGCGUUAUUUAUUCCACCUAUAUAUAUAGCUCCUCUACUACCUCAACUUGUCUUUUUCAAAUCGUCCAUUAAUUUAAAUUCCAUAACACAUCGCCACCAGAGGUGCACAAGAGAAUAAAACGCGGACGUCGGCGUCUUCUAGUCACAGUUCACCGGCUGCCUUCUGACCACUAACAACGUGCACUGCCUUGGUGUGAUCAAUCGGGAUUACUAAGCGCCUCCGUCUCUUGUUCAGUGAAUACAAUUAGUUUAAACGUUUUUUUUUAUUUUAAAUAAUUUAAUUCAAAAACUUUAAUUGUUAACAAAUAUGAAGUCACUGUGUGUGUUAGUUGUUGCCAUAGCUGUGGCCAGUGCCAGUCCAUCUGAAACAGAUGGCCUCCUCACGACAGCCCUCAAAUUUGUCAAGGAUUGUGGUGAUAAAUCAAUGGUUCUAUGCCUAAAGGAACGCGCCUUGCACUAUGUCGAUGGCAAUCAUGGUGAUAUCAAUUUGGCUGAAGGUGUCAGCCUAGUGCAGACAGAGGCCGUUGCCACGGGACGUUCAAUCAAUGAAAUUGUCCUGCCAGCUGAACCUGAGGCACGUGAGGCGGAAGUUGACUCACUGUUGGUGGAUCGUGUGGCUCGAUUCUUAGGUUCUCACACACUCCAAUUCAAAGUCCCGAAAGAUUCCAUCCAGGAAAUGCAACGAUCUCUCGAUGAAGCUCGUGGAAAGGGAAAGAAGACCAAGAAACUCCUUCUGCCCCUCCUGCUUCUCUUCAAACUGAAGGCUGCUGCUCUCCUCCCUCUGGCCAUUGGAUUCCUUGCCCUGAUUGCCUUCAAGGCUCUCAUCAUUGGCAAAUUGGCCCUGCUCCUGUCCGGUAUUAUUGGUCUUAAGAAACUCUUCGACUCCAAACAAUCUCAGAGCUAUGAAGUUGUUGCCCACCCACACCACGGUGGUGGUUAUGAGGAUCACCAUGGACACUAUGCCCGAUCCUUCGAUGCCCACAACCUGGCCUACAAUGGAUACACCCAGUAAAUUAUUGGUUUGCUACCCUCCCAAAAAUAGGUAUAAGUCCCCAUAUUUCUUGGGGACGGACAACAAAAUUUGGCGCGAAAUUGGUCAAUUUUUUUAGGGAAUUAAUUUAUUUAUUUAAAAAAAAGAAAAAAUGACGAAAACUGAAAAAAUGCCCUUAUUUAUUUUGACUACUCUACCAAUUCUUAGAUGGAAAACUCUUUUUUUUUUAUCUAUCGCAGUUUGUCAACAAAGAUCACUCUCUAUAAUUUAUUUAUUCAUUUAAAGACAUAAAAAUAAUAGAUGAAGGAAAAAAAAUUGUGUUACAAAUUGACGACUGACAUGUCUAUGGACACGAUCUCUAUACUUUCAAAUACUUUUCUUCUCACUCUAAAGAAAUGAAAGAAAAAGAACUAUAUAAAUAUUUCUAAGUCUUAAAGUUAAAAUAACGAUGAAAAAUGUAAUUUUUAUAAAAUAUUGUAUUUUUUCUUUGUUGAUCGCAAUAGAAUUACUGUUGCAUUUAAUAAGUGCAAAGUUAGGAUGUUAAAGAUAUUUUUUCUUACAAAAAAAGCGAAAAAAUAUUUCUAAAUACGGAUAUUAAAAAAAUAUAUAAAAACAAAAUACAGACAGACAAAAUGACAAACCAAACAAACUCAACCAAAAUAUUCUUCAUCUUCACAAAAAAACAAACUUACCAAAAUAUUUCAUCAUGCUUUCGAUCAAUUCGUGAUCGUGUUCGUGCUUUUUUUUCUCAAAAAAAACUUGAUUUCUCGCUGAGAGAAAUUUUCCCUUUUCAGUGAUCGUGUUUUUUUCGUAUUUAUCCUGCGAUUUAUAAUUUGUUUUCUCACAUAUUUAACCCACUAAAAUGAAUUUCUUUUUUUCUCACUCAGCUUCGCAUCUUUCUCUGUGCGUUGAGCACGCACAAUAUCGUGAUCAUGAUCAGUGAUCUCUUGGGGGUCAGAGAUAUCCAAAAAGAGGUUUUUUUUGGCAAUGAUCGCGCGGCAUACAAAGUGACCAAUUUGUUUAGAGGUUGGUCAAAGGGAAAAUAAUGAUGUUGGAAAAACAGUAAGUUUUAUUGAUCGCGCAGUUGCGUUGCUGAUCAUGAUCAUGUAACGGAACUGCGAUGCAUUCUGGGUCAACUCCAAGCCCCACUCAUAUCUCUUUUAUGCCAAUAUAUGAUACAUUUUCAUACCUCCACUAAUGUAUACACAAGUGAGUCGUCUUAAGCACGCAUAUGCCCCGUCUUCAGCAUACUGCGCGUCUCUCUUGGUCACUUCUUCUUUUCUUUCAAGCGCAUUUUUUAAAAGGAAAUUUUUCACCAAGUCUCUGUCAUACAUUCUUUUAUUUAUAUAAAAAUUGGUGUCACUAGACCUGAGUAGGUGAUAACAAAUAAUUUUUCAUAGUCAUUUGUGGCAUCUUCAUCCAACUGACCGCCUCAAUAGGCAAACCUACAAUGGGAUGUUGUCUAUUCAUAUAAAUUUUAUCAUAAUGGCAAUAGAAGUAUCAAAGAUUCAUUUGCCUCUUUUCCUAUCUUGCCCCGACAUCUUCAUCGUCGUAUCUUCUAUUUCUACGUUCUCCAUCUCUCUUGCCAAACAUACCACAGAAGCAUAACUAUUGAGAUUGAUUGAAGAGCUUUCAUGUUAAUCUUACGUGAAAUUGCUUCAAUUACGCACGAAAUUGAUCGAUUUAUCUGAUGACUAUUUAAACAGUUUAAUGAGUAUACAUUUCUUAAUCUACUUUUUCUCCCUAUUUCUCUAAAUCCACAAUUUGCCUCUCUGCACGCACUCGAUCAUCCUAUUAAGUUAUUCAAACAUGCAGAUUGCAAUAACAUGUAAAAUAAAUUUUUUUCUUAAAAAAAAUCACUGGAUCACUAAAUACUUCUUUUUCACACUAAAAAAAAAUAGCGUGCAUUAAGAGAUGCAAGAAAAGGUUAAAUAUGUUGAUUAGAGAAAUCAUCAAAAUGCACGUAAAUUUCAUAGAUUGUAAUAGACUUGACCUUAAUAAUGAUUGUAAAGUGAAUGAUCGCUUCUUUUUGACCAUUUUACACUCUCUCUCUCUCUUCUCUUCACACUGUACCAGUAUUAAAAAAUAAUUAUUCUUAUAGAUAACUUCCUCAUCUUAUGCCCUCUUUCAUCAUUGUUCUAGUAAUUUAUUGUUGUAUAAAGUCGAGAAAUAAAUGUUAUAACUCUUCAGAAAAAAA